AUGUCCAAUCAUACUACAGGUCCCCCAUCUGUCCUUCCUCUCAAAUUCAGCCUUUGUAACCUUGACGGUAUUCCACGAAAUCACAGUUCAGCUGUUAAAACUGGGACGCUCUCAAUCUCUGUAAUUUUGGCCAUUAUGUCUUCUUUGGCAGUUGCUGGAAACACUGUGAUUUUGGCAGUAAUUUGGAGAAACCCGUCUCUGAGAACUCCUUCGUACAUUUCACUUUGUGGAUUAGUGGUCAGUGAUCUUUGCAUGGGACUCAUAACUCAGCCUUUUUAUGUUGCCGUCUACUGCAUCUGUUUAAAGAAACCCAUUCAGGAUGUAAAUGAAGAUCUAGAUGGUUCAUCUUUUCUUAAGACUGCUGUAACCAUCACCAUCGGUUGUGGGAACUACCUCGGGUUUGUUUCAGCUUUGACUAUAACGCCUAUGUCGAUUGAAAGAUGGCUGCACAUGGCCCGUCGAUCUUUUGUUACAGGUCGUCGAACUGGUUUUCUAGUUGUUAUCUUAAUACUUCUUCCCAUACCACUGGCUUUUGUUAUCUUCUUAGACGCCAAGAAGGGAAGCCACGGACACAUAAGCAACGCUACAGUUUUCAUGCUUUGGCCAGUUUGCGUUAUCACUACAACAUUUGCUUAUUACAAAGUUUACCAUAUUGUUCGUGCACAUCAACAGCAAGUCCAGGAAAACCAAUCGAUUCGUCGUUGUGACCAGCCAGUAAUAGACUUGGCAAAAUACAAGAGAUCUGUCUUUACGAUCCUAUACAUCUCAGCUGUAUUUUACAUUGCUACUUGCCCGCUAUUGUCAUGA